AUGUCCAAGUUCCCACCAGCGUCCUCUGCUCCGGCGCCACUGAUCAAGCAGAGGGCCAUGGCUGCGUCUCGUGCUGCUGCGGCUGAGUUCAUGAAGCCUGAGGACCGCGCAAGCAUGGUGGGAUCGACGCCCUCCUGGAGCCUUUUGCACGAGCAGCCUGGUCAGGCCGCUCGCCAAGGGCUUGGGUCUGCACAACAGCAGGCCAAACGUUUAGCUGCUCAGAAAGUCCGAGCCAAGAAGAAAGGGAUCCGAUGGGGUCAGAUGUCUGGGGCAAACUCCCAGAAUUUUCAGCUCCCACCAUUCAUUCAGAAGCUCGGAGCUCUGGAAAACGAGCGCUCAGUUUUGGUGAUGGACAGCAGAGACAAGCGGAUCCAGUCGCCAUUUCAGGGAUGGCUCUUAGAUGAGAUUCUGCUGAACGCUCAAAGUGGGAUCAACAUCCUCUCAGACGGCAAGUUGAUCAGAUCCCCAAACUCGGGCUAUCACAUGAACGUGUUCUACGUCAGGUGGCCCAUGAUGACAGAUGAGAGCUCAACAUGGGUCGAUGUCAAGUUCAAGGUUGAAGGUGAGCUGCUCCUCCACCUGGAAUUGAGGGGCUACCGAUCAGAUGAGGGAUGGCGAGUGACCGCCACAUCCUUUGAAGUGGGCGGUCGCCUUUAUGCUUGCAGUGAUGGAGGAGUGGUGGUGGCCAUGGACUAUCCUUUGUGCCACUUUGAGAUCAGUAUCACCGCCACUUCCUCUGCUGACUUGAUCGGGCUAGAUGCCGACAGGCUGGAGUUCAGGUUCCGUUCUGCAGGAGACUCGGUCGACGUGGCUUGCUCUCAGAUCGCAGUGCCAUCGACAUGGUUGGCCGUAUCCAGGGUGUCAGGGCCCGCUCUGAUCAAGAAUGCCCGUUGGUGCAGAGAGCACUACGCUCGCAUUGAGGGGCCUGAUCAGACCAUGAUUGGGGCAGUUGCGGUGAACACUCAUCCGGCCAAUGUUCAUUUGACCUGUGAGUCUCCGCUCUUCCGAACUGACAAGAAGAUCGUGCCAAAGAAUGCCCUUGCGUUGCAAGCUCAUGAUGUGGAGAGGAGCAGGGCAGUUCUGCCUCCAGCGACAGGUGGCCCAUUUGUUGCGCCACUGGCAUCAGGUCCUGGCCGGCUCCGUGCAUUGGCAGGCGCAUCAGGUCAGUCGCUCACUGUGACACCGGCUGCUCAGAUGGAGGUGACCGGUGUCUGUGCUCCAGAAGGUGGGACCGUGCUGGUGCAGCGGAGGUUGCUCGAGACGAGGAUGGCAGAGGCACGCCCCUCAGUGCAGGUCGGGUCAGCAAUUCUGGCAUCGCCCUACUCCAACUUGGCGCUGAUCGCCGCUAUGGAGGUGCAUUCGGCAUCGGAGUUCGUAGUCAAGGUCCAUGAGUGGGAGGCGUCUUUGGAUCCAGACUGCCACGAUGUUCUACUCGGCAGUGAGUUCAUGCUAGGGCAGAAGCUCUUGAAGAAGGGCUCAAGUGAGCUCUCAGCCACUCCUCUGCUCGACCAAGAGAAUGCUGCGAAGCUCAAGUGGUCCAACAAGCUGGAGGAGACACAUCCAAGCUGCCUGGAGCUCUUCGUGACAGACAAGUUCGAGCCGGCACCUGCUCGCCUUUUUGUAUGGUGGUGGCUGUGCAUGGUUUUUGCACCCUUGAGGUAUGACGACGCCAUGCACGUGAAGCCCAAGGAGCUGCUCAUGUCAGAAGAGGGGUUGUUCGGCGUUGCCUGGCAAACCAAAAUCAACCGCAAGCGCCGUGGCACAAAAGUCCGUGGUCCCUCACGCGAGGUUCAAAGCUUCAGAUUGGCUCGAGGUGGGUUGGAAGCUCUUCCAGCACGAGGAUCACGACAGGGACCCCGGGUGCGUGACCUCAACACGAGGGACGAGUUCAGGGCCAGUCCCGCCUCUUAUCAGAGGUCUCUGCAGUGGCUGAAGUUCUUUGCCGAGUACUCGCUGAACCAGUACUUCCAAAAUCAGGAGCUUCUUCUGAAAGAGCUGAUCAGCGGUCUUGGAUCUGACUACCCGCUCUGCUCGAGACACUUAGCUCGACGCAGCAGUUCAUGCAGGAAGAUCAACGGAGGAGAUCGGCUUACAGGCAAACUCGAAGAACCCUGGUCCACUGGUGCUCAAAUACACCAGAAACAGGAUCAGUGUCCCAGCUCAGAUGGUCCUGGAUGCGGUCUUCGACGACGUGUUGUUCUACGUCAAGUCACAGGGCUCCCGGUGGGUUCCAUGAUGCCGGACGUCUCAGUUCUCUGCAAGCAUUGUGGUCGAGCGUGCCCUGAAGUGGUGCAUGGCAUCAAGAAAGCUUUCGCUAUCGUUUGUCUUGCCAGACCAGGCCAAAAUGAAGCACCGCACUCAGGUGGAGUCAAGCGGCUCCUGCUGACAAAGAGGGACGGGCCGGUCUUGGACAUUUUUGUCGAGAACGAAAGUGAUCUGCAAUAUCUUGCCAGAAUUCAGCAAGUUGGAUUUAGCAAGAGUGCCCCGCUUAGGUGUUUGGAAGCAGCUGAUUUUCAAGACACCACGGUCUUGCGCCGGACGUCAGCUCGGGUCCGUCAGCUGUUGCUCCUCUCCCUGACCUCGCGGUGUCAGGUGACCAAGUUAUUGUUUCCAAACCUGGGCCUGAGACCACGACAACUGCUGGAGGCCCGGUGCCUGACAGUUUUGAAAGUUGGUGCGAGAGCAUUCUGCGAGACGGGCAGAUUCACGGUCUAUAAGCAGAAGUGCCUGGACUGUGGCGUCAGCAUGUACCGUGGUGAUGUUCCUAAACGGGAUCCUUGCCCCAAAAACCCCGGGAAGAAUGUUCCCGCCAAAAAUGAGCGGGUCAAACUGUGGCGUAACUUUAACAAACUUCGUAAAGGUGCGCUCAAACAAGCGCGAAAGGAGCGCUAUAAGGGCAACUUGAGUCCUAAGGAAAGCGCACUGAGGGCCCUGGCUGUGUGGAAUGCUCAGCGUAAAAACCUCAGUGAGAAAGCAGACGGAACUACCAUGACAUUGAGGGGAAGAAGAGGCGAACGGGUCGGUGAGGAUCAUUCAGUUGCUUGGGCACAGCUGGGCCUGCUCGCUUUCCCCAAAGUGAACUCUGAGUCUACAAGCUGGAAAUUUCAGAAGUGCCGCAAAAGCACGUGUCAGCCUGUGACCUCUGAAGAAGCUGCUGAGGCCUGGAGUCGGGCCGCGAGUCCGCAGACCCAGUGGGAAAGUGUGCUUCAGUCUGGAGCUGAAGAUGUGUGGCCCCGCCUCUUUUGCUUAAGACUCAGGCUGGUAACAUGGUGGCGGGCGCCGCCGCAGGCUGACGGUCCUGAUAACGUGUCAGCCCAAGCCUUGGAUUCCAUGCCGCCUGAAGGAAAGUUCCAGGCUGGUCAUAACUGUGAUUGUGAGGUUCUUCACUUAUCCAUGGAGAGUGAAUACCCUGGUGCGGAAUAUGGCUUUGGUUUAGGAGAGGUUCCUUCGCUCCCUCAGGGUGACCCUUGGAGUCCCCUUGCUCUGUCCUUAGUGCUUGCUGUUGCUCGCGCAACCAAGAAUGAGACUACGGCUGCGCGAAUUUCUCUGCUCCCUGCGGGGCAGAAGAUCAAACAGUUGGUCACUCCGGCGCUCCUUACUAGUGCCGCGGCCUGGGGACAAAGCCUGAAUGCUUGGGAUUUGGAUGAAGCUGCUAAAGCUCACCUGGCUAAUUGGUGGUUGCAGACUGAUCGAAGGGAUGCUGACAUUGGUCGUCAUAUCAACUUGCAGGAUCAGAUUGAUGUUUUCUACCAAGCUAAGGUCUUUGCGCCUGAAGUCGUGCUCCUGGGAUGCUGCGAUGGCGCAGCUGCCGCUGCAGAGGCUUGGCAGCUGGCGGCAGCUGACGGUGGUGGCUCCUUGCGCUGGCAUGUACAGUUGCUGUUUCCCAUUGCAGCUGGCCUCGUCGAUUUCGUUGCGGCAGCCAAUGAUUCGAUUUUGGGGAGACAGCGGGUGGCGUCUGAUCUCUGCAAGCUUGCUGCCGACUCUGGGUUGCUCAACGUAGAGACCUUUGCCAUGCUCAGCGAUACCAUUCACGCCGUGAAAGCAGCCCUGCGCACGAUCAUCGCCGACAACAAUCGUUUGGGUGCAGAUGCUCCUGUCCAAGAGUUGGCGCUCACCAACCUUGCCGCGGUGUGGAAGACAUACUCAACCAUGCAGGACCACUUUGCAGCUCGCAGCCUUUUGGAUCCAGGCUACGCAGGGAAGCUGAAGGGCAAGCUCACUUGUGGAGUAGGCCGUGCAUUCCUAUGCGUGAUCUCAGAGCGGCAGUACCUGCGCUUUCCCAUCAAGCAUGAGUUCAGUCUGGAUCUUCCCUUGAUCGAGGCGCUCAAGCAGUGGAAGAUGCUGGUAAACGAAGGGUUUCCGAGACGGAUCGAGGUUGCGUGCUCUAAGCCUGCAGAUGUGGUCAUCUUCACCGACGGCUUCACCCCGGAUUUCAGAGCCACACAGACGUUCAUCGACAAAGAGGUUGAGGCGCGUGCG